CGGCGGGAGCCACCUCGGCCGGCAAAGCCAGGCAAGCCCCGCGGCUGGGAGGCCUCUCCUCGCCGACAGGAGCCAGUUCUCCGUCCGUACACCGGACUUUCCCCUCCCGUUAACCCCAACCCACUGCCCCCUCCUCUCCGGGAGUCCCCGGGGGUGGGCAGGCUGGAAGGGGGCGGGCCGCCCCCGCUCCGCCGUGACAGGUGGGCGAAGGGGCCAAUGGCGGGCGAGGCCGCAGUGGCGCCGGCCCAAUGGGAGCCGCCUGCGGCCCUUGAAGGGGCGCGCCGCGGAGCGCGGCCGCACUGCCGCCCGCCGCUGCCGGGAGACGCGGCCGGCCCGGGGCCGCCCGAAGCGCCGCGGUCCUCCCGCCUCAGCCCCAUGGAAAAGUCCAAAAAUUUCCGCAUCGACGCGCUGCUGGCUGUCGACCCUCCCAAGGCGGCUGCGGCGGGGCAGAGCGCGCCGCUCGCCCUGGUCACCUCGCUGGGCGGCAGCGGCAGUAGCAGCAGCGGGAGCGGCAGUCCCCCGUCCUCCUCUUCCUCUUCCUCAUCCUCUUCAUCUUCCUCCGAGCAUCCCUCCGGCGGCCCCGCCGACUGCCUGCGCACCGACAGCCCUUCUCCGCCGCGCCUCCUGGCCGCCCAUUGCGCUCUGGUCCCUAAGCCCGGCUUCCUGCCCGGUGCUGGCGCCGGCGCCCACCCGCAUCAUCACGCCUCGGCGGCCGGCAUGGCCCUGGGACUGCACCCCGCGGCUCCCGGCGGGCCGGGCAUGCCGGCGCAGGCGGCCCUCUACGGGCAUCCCGUGUACGGCUACUCGGCUCUGGGCGGGCAGCACCCGGCCCUCUCCUAUUCCUAUUCGCAAGUGCAGGGAGCGCACCCAUCCCACCCCGCCGCCGACCCCAUCAAGCUCAGCGCCGGCACCUUCCAGCUGGACCAGUGGCUGCGGGCCUCCACCGCCGGCAUGAUCCUGCCCAAAAUGCCCGACUUCAACUCCCAGGCGCAAUCCAACCUGCUGGGGAAGUGUCGCCGGCCCCGCACGGCCUUCACCAGCCAGCAGCUGCUGGAGCUGGAGCACCAGUUCAAGCUCAACAAGUACCUCUCCCGGCCCAAGCGCUUCGAGGUGGCCACGUCGCUGAUGCUCACCGAGACGCAGGUGAAGAUCUGGUUCCAGAACCGACGCAUGAAGUGGAAGCGCAGCAAGAAGGCGAAGGAGCAGGCGGCGCAAGAGGCCGAGAAGCAGAAGGGGGGCGGCGGAGAGGACAAGGGGGAUGAGGACCUGAUGCUGCCCGCCCCAGAGAAGAGCGGCGGGAGGAGGAUGCGGGAGCUGCCCGACAGUGAGCCUGAGGACGACGAGGAGGAGGAGGAGGAGGAAGAGGAGGCGGCAGCGGCAGGGCGAUGCUGCCCUUAUCACUCCUCUGACUGCUCUGAAGCAGAGGAGGAGGACACGCAGCCCCGGGGCCGGCACGGAGCCCCAGCCCAGCCCCAGUGAUUCCCCCCAAAGGCCCGUCUCCCUCCAGGCGGGGGCUCUGCCCGUUUCUCCGGGGGGGCAGCCCCGUCGCUCUGGGUCGGCACCAGCCCCACUCCCCUCCUUGUUCCGAUUUCUCCCUGCUUGGAGGGCGACGGAGAAGAGGAUUUCCCCGCAUGUCGGGUGGGGAAGAGGAUUAACGGUGACUACAGUGUUAUUACUGACUGAAAAAUCAGAUAAAACUUGAGCCCCCCCCCCUCCCAUACUGCCCCCCUGGACGUGCGCUCCUUUUGCUGCAUAUUGGAAAUGUUUUGUUCUUACUAUAUAUCGGGAAAACCGUUUAUGUCAUGAACGUUAAAACUGCUGGAAAUCUCAAUACUUUCUUUAUUUUUGUAUAUUGUAUUUAUAAAAAAAAAAAAGCCUCUACUUAUGCAUGCUAAAUUAUUCCCCAUGCCUUCUCACCUGCGUGAUGGGGUGGAAAAUAAACGGUGAUUUGUACUUAAA